AGAGGGAGAGAGAGAGAGAGAGAGAGAGAGAGAGAGUCAGAGACUAGACUUAGAGUAGGCAUUUGAAACCUCACUCCUGUGACAAACCUCCUCCAACAAGGCCACACCUCCUAAUCCUUCCUAAACUGUCCACCGACUGGAAACCAGACUUUCAAAUAUGAGCCUGUGGGAGCCAUUCUCAUUCGAAGGACUAAUUCUGAUCCGGGAUAUACCACAAUCAAAACAUAAUACAAAGAUCAUCUGAAAAUCCUCCAAAGUUGGCAUCAUGCAGGCGAUAUUUGCGGAUUACUGUGCAGUAGGAUUAGAAGCUAACAGUAACAAGAAAGCAUACUGCAGUCUAACAGGCUGAUGGAAAUGAGCGGGUGGUGGUGCGUUGCUCUGCAUAAAUGAACACCAGGCACGCCCAGUCUAUAAACAGAUGCUGAUAGACAGGCAAACAUCCAGUUCUAAGAACCCACAUCUACCUAGGAAAAGUAGACAGAGGAGAGUCUGCGUAGAUACUGUAAGGAGUGUAUGUGAUCAGGCCCCAUCCUCUUGGUGAGGCACAGAGUUCUCCAUCAUGUCGGAUGGAGAUUACGAUUACCUCAUCAAGUUCUUGGCCUUGGGAGACUCUGGGGUAGGGAAGACCAGUGUACUCUACCAGUACACUGAUGGCAAGUUCAACUCCAAAUUCAUCACCACAGUGGGCAUUGAUUUCAGGGAAAAGAGAGUGGUGUACAGAGCCAAUGGGCCAGAUGGAGCUGUGGGCCGAGGCCAGAGAAUCCACCUGCAGUUAUGGGACACGGCGGGGCAGGAGAGGUUUCGUAGCUUAACCACUGCAUUCUUCAGGGACGCUAUGGGUUUCCUGCUUCUGUUCGACCUGACAAAUGAGCAAAGUUUCCUCAAUGUCCGAAACUGGAUAAGCCAGCUACAGAUGCACGCGUACUGUGAAAACCCAGAUAUAGUGCUGUGUGGAAAUAAGAGUGACCUGGAAGACCAGAGGGCAGUGAAAGAGGAGGAGGCCCGGGAACUUGCCGAGAAGUACGGAAUCCCCUAUUUUGAAACCAGUGCUGCCAACGGGACAAACAUAAGCCACGCGAUUGAGAUGCUCCUGGACCUGAUCAUGAAGCGGAUGGAGCGGUGUGUGGACAAGUCCUGGAUUCCGGAGGGAGUGGUACGGUCCAACGGCCAUACCUCUGCGGAUCAGCUAAGUGAGGAGAAGGAGAAGGGGUUGUGUGGCUGUUGAGACGCCAAGCGAGCCCCGUGGCAGCAGCGCAUGACCCCUGGUUGCCGCCAGCUCCGCUGUAGAGACCAAGCCGGCAGCUCGAUGAGAUGAGCAAACAGCCCCUCCUAUGCCAGGUGCCUCUCCUCGCCUCCAGGAGGGUCACCUCGGGCAUCCAUCUGUAACGCGCUGCAGCUUUGUAUGAUUUAGUCCAUGAAUCGGAAGAAAUACUUCACAGAGCCAAAAGUGUCUUAUAAAAGCCCACGGUGGCGGGUCAUUUAGGGAUCCAAGAUUUCAGCCAUGAAAGAUUUCAUCUGUUAUGUAGAACGCUGAUGGUCCUGUCGCCUGCCUUAACACAGUCGCCUGCCUCAACACAGGACAGCCCUAGAGUCUCAUUGAAGACAUUAAGAUCUUUGAGCAAGGAAAAGCUAGCACGGUCUUGAGAAUCCAGAUUUCAAAAUCCAUACUGUAGACUAUCACUCUCAAACACGUGAAUGUCAAUAAGUGUGUACACACAGAUCAAUGUCUUUCAGCAUUGCUUUUUAACAUAGCCUUUCCUUUGACAUGAGCAUAAACAGAUGGCGGCCAUACCUAUAGACUCUGAAUAGAUCGGAUUGACUCACUGUGAGUUUGGGGGUGGGGGGAAGGGUUUAUGGAGCAGGGGUGGGUGAAGUAGGGAUCAGUCAGAUUGUCUGCUGUUAGCCGAGGGGUCAUGAAGACUCUUGUGUCUAUCCAUGGUCUGUUGGGUUCAGUGCACCUCUGAACAUCGCUCAUGCUUCUACAGUAUGUAUGUUUGCAUGUAUGUAUGUAUGGUCUCUUCAUAUGUACGUAUGUUUGGUCUGGCACCUCAGGAUCUGCUUUCACUUGUCUGGAGACUGCCAAUCUGACUUUUCCCAUCAAGUUUUGGUGGUGGUGGUGUUUCCCAGUUUGUUUUCUCCCCCCCCCCCUUCCCCCAUUAAUGUAACUGAAGGAAUCUCUUUUUAAUUAAACGGCGUGUUUAUUUGCUAUCUGGAGGGAGGGAGUUCACUGUCUGUAUUUAAGCAGUCACAUUUGUGGGCCAGUUUAAGAGAAGUGUUUUGUAGCCUGUAGCUUUCACUGGGAAUGUGGGGCACUGAUGUUUUUUGAUAGUGGAAAACAUACUUUGCAUGGUAGUUUCAAGUGGCUUUUUUUUUUUUUUUUUGAGACAGGGUCUUUUCAUAUAGUUUCUAGCUGGCCCAAAACUCCCUUUGUAGACUAGGCUGGCCUCAAACUCACAGAGAUCCACCUGUCUCAGCACCCUAAGCACUGGGGAUUAAAGGUGUAGUUGUCACACCUGGCUCUCAGAAGACUUUUAAAAAAUUGCACAUCUAUCAUUUAUUGCCAUUGUCCUUUGACCCCUCCUCAGAAAAAAAUAGCCAUGGCCACUAAGCUUUUACUGUUUUUGAAAUAAGGGACUCUUUGAAACACCAAACUCAUCAUUGAGGCCUAUACAUCUGAAUCCUAUAUACCCAGGACAUGAGGCCCAUCAUAGCCGUGCCUUCCAGCGUUGUUCUAAGACUUCAGUGGAGCAUACUGCUUGUUUGGCACAUUUCUUAAUGUCUCUCUUGUAAAUACAUCAAGUCAAUAUGCCAGACAGGUAUUGGUGGUUCGUUCUUUUCAUCUCCCAUACUUGAGAAGCAGAGGCAGGCGAUGAGUUUGAAGCUAGGCUUCACUAUAGAGUGAGUUUCAGGACAGCCAAAGAUACAUAGUGAAGUCCUGUUUCAAAAAACAAACACACACUAGGCAGUGGAGGCCCAUGCCUUUCAUCCCAGCACUCAGGAGGCAGAGGCAGGUGGAUUUCUGAGUUCGAGGCCAGCCUGGUCUACAGAGUGAGUUCCAGGACAGCCAAGACUACACAUAAAAAAGUGAAUGUUUGCACAGUGGCAUAGUGCGGGUUUUGAGAAGUGAGAUGCCGCUCCUGUUGGCUCCACACCAGGCACGGGGCUUAAUGUGUGUGAUAGUUGCCCAACACAAGAGCUGCCUUGAAUUGUUGAAACAAAACAAAACUGAGUUCUCUGAAAAUGGUUUAAAUUUGAUAAAAAAAAAAAAAUAACCGUACUUUUUGUCACUGUAUUUUUCUAUUUACAAAUCUGUAUAAAAAAUGCUCUUUAGUGAACUUUGUGCCAAUUAAACCAUAAUAAUAAUAAAAAAAAAUAAUAAAAGAGGUCCAGUA